UGUAAAAUGGCGGCUGUAGUUUUGAGGAGGGAUGUUGCAAAAUCUUGUCUCUUUUCGUUUUUAAGACCCCAAAUAACUACGAGAACCACCUAUCACAUUUGCUGUAGACAACAGUGUUUACAAAGAAAUUUUUAUUCAGGUAUGGUGUGGUCUUAAGACUUGUCUAUUCUUCAAACCCAAAAAGUAACAAAAAUUUUAUAAUUAACCCAUACGGUAAGCUUAUUUUCAAGCUUAUUGAGAAACGUACUUAGAGGGAAGUUAAUUUACGGAUACUAGCUCUUCUCCCCUCACCUAGUAGAACAGUUGGGGGUGGAGGGCAUCAACCCCCACCCCCCUUGGUAGGGGGCACAGCCUUGAGUUUUGCAAGUGCUCAUACAACCCAGGCAUCAAACUAUUCCUGAUUCAAUAUUUUUUCCUUGUUUUUUUCUUUUUUUAAGGAGGAACUUUUUUCACCAAGUUACCACUUGUGCAUCACGAAGGCUUCAGUUGCCAGUGGCCAGAAAAACACAGAUUUAAAAUGGCAAAGUUUGUUAAAGUAAUGGAAUGGAUUGUCAAAGACAAACUAUUAGACUCAGUACAAGUCUUUCAGCCCACAGAACCUUGUUAUGAGGCAGUUACACGGGUUCACACUAAAGACUUUGUGGAUAGUUUUAUCAAAGGAAGUCUUCCCUUUGAUGCAAUGCGGAAAACAGGAUUUCACUGGUCUGAAGGCCUAGUGAAAAGAUGUUUUCUAGAAGUGGGUAUGUAAUUUUUUGAAGAUGGUGAAAUUGAGUUUUUCCCACAUAUAUGUGAAUAUGUGUGGGACAAAGGAAAAAAUGUUGAGUUCGUGACAGGAUUUGAACUUACGACAUGCCGAGCACCAGACAGGAACUCUAUCCUCUGAGCUAUGAAGACUCAUGAAAACCAGGGCUAUAUGCUACGUUCAUAGUUCACACAUGCCCUGCAUACUGCAAGGAUCAGCAAUGUCUAUAGCAUACUGAAUGAAAUGGAGAAAGAUUGUGAAUUUUAAGGUCGGUGACUGAAUGUGAAAGUUGUGAUAAUCAGCAUAUCACGAGCAUGGGACAAAGAGAAAAUCUAGAGUCCUUUGCAGGAAUCAAACCAGAAGGAACUCCUGAACACGUCAUAGGUGCUGCCCCAGAGGGGAGGGGGAACUCAAGGAAGUUAACUUCAGGGAGGCUCUGCCCUGAGGUCCAACUCCCAUAGCCUUUUAUAUGCCACUUUUGACAGGAAAGGUAGUUCAUAGCCUGCAUAGCAGGCAUUGAAAGGGGUUAGGGUAUUGGGAGGAAGGAAAAAAGGGAGGGGAUUGGGAAGAGAGGGUAAGGGACGCCUGCUCUAAGAACCCUCUUUUGCUCAUUUCUGAAUUCCUGGUUAGCUGAGCCAUAAUGGGUAACUCAUUGACAUGUAUUAGAAACCAAAAUUGCAGAUUUUCCUACCCUUUGACAUACUUCAACCAGUGAAAUUCCUUCCCUUUUAUAUACCUGUAUCCCCCUACUGCUGCACCCAUUUGUAACUUAUAGAUGUAGUUGGAACCUCAGUGAUUUUCUAGUUAGAGCCAAACUUUGCAAUCUUACACAACACAGCACCAACAUAUCGGAUGGACAAACCUCAAGCACAUUCCACUCUACAGGUGAAACCAGAUCUAUCACCCAUCACAUCAACUGCAACUCUAGAAACAUUACUUACAUGGUGCAGUGCAACUGCUGCUUUAAACAGCACAUUAGAGAAACUAAACAAUGACUUAAGGCCUGUUUACAUGGAGUUAGGGGACCCUAGGUAGGUCCGAUAACCCACAUCCAGGGGUACACUUUCUCAUAAUUAUUGAAUGGUUGCUGAGCAUGUAAACUAAAAAAUACCAGGCAAGUGACAUGUUUUGGUGGUUAAUUUUCUUCUACUCUCACUCUAAAACUUGCUCUUGCUACAACCUUUCAGUGUGGUGCCUUUGUAUUAUCACUCUUAAUAAUGCAGAUCCUCCACCAAAGACAGUUAGUUGUGCAGUCAACAAAUUUGAUGUGACACGUAUCCAAACUAGGCAGGUUAACUAGCCUUGAAACUUUUACAUGGCCAAAUUUGACCCUGACUAAGAGGGUAACCUGGUCUGGCAGACUACGCAACCCACCUCUGCGGGUCUCGCGACCUAUCAUGUGCACAUGAUCAGGUGUGGACAGGCAGGCUACCCAACCUAAGUGGGUUACCUUACCUACCUGGGGCUGACACCUCCAUGUAAACAGGCCCUUAAAAUACCAUUUCAAGGAACACUGUAGACCAUUUGACAACCCAUCUAAUAUCUCCAAACCCACCACUGUCUUAGAACAUUUUCUUACUAAUGAUCAUUCUGCUAACAACAUUACACUCAUUCCACUCAAAUUUAUUAAAUGGAAUGGAGACUGUGUGCAAAAAACUUGAGAAGCAUACCUCAUUGAGAGAGGCAAAACUCUUGAACCUUUAGGUAUUAAAAAGAAGGAUAAGAUGUAAUACAUCCCUUCAGUUUGUGUUUAUUUAUACUAUUUUUAUAUUUCAUCCUUAUUUAAAAUUGCAACGUCUUAGCCAGUUUACCUAGUCAUUUGUUCAUAAGACCUUGAAAAAGAAAGGCUGUGCCUUUCGAAAUACUGGCAACAUAAAAAAUCUAUAUAUUUCCAACUGUAAAAUCAGCCUUGCUCUUGUCAUUACGUCAUGGUUCCCCUUUCAGGUGGACCUUCCCCUUUGGGGAGUGGUACAGAGAGACUUAUGGAUAGCAAGACCAUAAACUAGGCUCAUAUUUGACACGCAUAAUGAAUAAUGCUUUUUGUUUCUCCAUUGAAGGUGGUACUAUACUUGCAGCUAAACUAGCCAUGGAGUAUGGACUUGCUUGUAGCACAGGCGGAGGUACUCAUCAUGCAUUCCCUAGUCAUGGCUCUGGUUUUUGUAUGUUAAACGAUCUUGCCAUCGCUGCUCAGGAUAUGAUUGACAGCAAUGUAGUUAAAAAAGUUCUUAUUGUGGACCUAGAUGUACAUCAGGUAAAUUAACGCUCCAUGAAAUUAAGAUAUUGGAAAUUAAUGCGACUCAAAUCAACGCCAAUUGUGUGGAAAUGACUUUUGAAUAAAGUAAAUUAACGAGAAAGACUGGGAAACAUUUCAAAGUGAGUUAAUUUAAGCAUCGUUCACAAACAAACAAAACUUGAUGAGACAGUAGGAACAAAGUUAAAGUAAUCUGAAAUGGAAACUUUGUUCGUGGUUCUUUCCCUAAACGUCCAAAAGGGAUCAAGCGAAGAAAUCUGGCCACUUUUAAGGGUUCUUCACAGUUUUACUGAUACUUUCGGAUCUUUACCCUGUUAAAAUACUUCUCUUUCUUCGGUGUAGAGGAUGUCAAAACUGUAUCGAGAAUUUGGGGCUAAAAUAAUGGGAGUUAUGGUCGCGGAAGUUAAUGAAAAAUUCGCGUUAAUUUCCUAUAAUAAGGUGUAGACACAUUGUGUAUAAGCUGGAAAGAAACGGAUCAAAAUGUACCACUCACUUUAAGAGUGUUCACAGCCAAUAACAUUAUGCGUUGACCUCAUUAACCAGUCAGGUCAAUAACAUUAGUUUUAAUAAUGAAGAUACACAACUCAAUUUGACUCUGAAGAAGACUAAAAAAUCCGGUCACUGUCAACAACAGUAACCCCCUACCGUAGAAACUCGGUAACUCGAACUCUGAAGGGAGGUAAAAACCAGUUCGAUUUAGGGAGGGGUAGCAGGGGCGUAUCCAGGGGAGGAGCCCUGAGUAGGCAUUUUUCAUUUUUUUAAAACGUGACCUGUUUGUUUCACCAAUUGAAAUCAAAUUACUACAGUGCCGAGCACUGUGACCGAUGUUAGUUUAAUUUGUUGCUUUUACCCUUAUACAACAAAAAGAGCUAAUGGGAUAGCAUCCGAGUGGAGUGGAGAACCAGAGUUGGAGUUGUUCGGGUAAAUUGCAGUGAAUUUUUGAUCAAGGGAACGGAAAUUUAGUUAUAGUUAGCGGGAAAUUCGAGUUAACCGAGUAAAAAUGACUGAAAAACAGGGUUAAAUCCAAGGGAAAUUGGUCCUAGUUCGAGUUAUCCCAGUUUUAUUGUAUUACUAUCGAUUUUAAAAGUAGUGAAAGUACUUCAUAGCUGUUUUAAAUUUUCUGAUUUUUUUAGCGUUGUCCUGUUUCUUCAGGGAGAUGGUACGGCUUUUAUCUUCAAGAACAAUGAUUCAGUCUUCACAUUUUCCAUGCAUUGUGAGAAGAACUUUCCUCUUAGAAAACAGCAAAGUGAUUUAGACGUUGGUCUAGAAUGCGGCUUGAAUGACAAACAGUAUCUGAACACAGUCAAGGAUUAUUUACCGUGGCUUCUUGAUUUAUUUAAUCCUGAUCUUGUGUUGUAUGACGCUGGAGUAGAUCCGCAUCAAGAUGAUGCCCUGGGGAAACUUAAUCUCACAGAUCAAGGUACAGUCAAGGAACGUUCAAUUAGCAAUAGAUCGCUUCAGUAUUUGGGCGUUGGUGUUGCCCGAUUUAUGGUAGACGAUUCCCUAUAGACUCGGCUCUUACAUGGGAUGUUGUGUAUAGGGACAUAUAUGUUGAGACCAGGAACAGUAGAACGCGCGGAAACACCCCCCAACAACCCCGGAACAAUUCGGAAAACCGGCAAAUAAAAUCAGAAACCUGAACACAGUCUGUAAGUCAUUUAAAACGUUCUUUCUGUUCCAGUUCGGUUUCAUCUUUUGAAUCGUUCCAGACUGUUCUUUGUUCCGAUUUUUAGCACUUGUGAUGUGUAGAUGGGAGGUCAACUAGCUGGAGAUUUGUCACAAGAGAAGAGAUGAUUGUACUUUUAGAAGUGUCAAAUACUUAUUACCUUAUAUAACAGUCCCAAACACAGCCAGUUGCAAGGUGUAUCAAAGCCCUGUUUGAUAAUCCAUUUAUGAGGCAGCAGGGGUAGCUCCUAAAAAGACUCUGAUGCUGUUUCGGUGGAGGUAUAAAAAAAAGGUGUGUUUUUAAACUCAGUUGAUAAAGUCAACCUUGCUACUGAAAGAGUGAUCCAAAGCAAAUUAUUUGAAUGUCUUUUUGUUGGCAAAUUUUACUGUAUAGACUCAGUUGACAAAACUAAGUUAUUGUAUUUAUGUGCUAGGACUGUUUGAACGUGAUGUGACUGUCUUACAAUCGAUUUUGAAAAGGGGAAUUCCCUGCGCUACUGUGAUUGGUGGAGGCUAUGAUGACGACAUCGAAGUUCUUAGCAGACGGCACUCCAUCAUUCAUAGGGCAGCAAUUAAGGUGGGUGUGACGUACCCUGCGAGCGAGCGACGCUACCUGCGAGAGAACGCGCGUGCUGUUCUCGCGUGA